UCAAUCGGAUAAUAGCCUACUAGCUACUCCAGUAGGCUGGUUGACCCUCUUGUAUAUUAUAAUGCUUGGAGCGUAGCAAAAAGUAAAAAUGUUGCGGAUCCACGGCUUUGGGACGGGCUGAGUUGAGUCAGCGUUGUUGAUUGUAGAUUAAAUAACCGACAUUUGCCCCCAAACCACUGGAGGUUUUAUUUAUUUCCAUAGGCUGGGUCCCUGAGUUCUCCAUAGUAUUGCCAGCUCCUCAGCCUCCCCAUGCCUCCGUCUCCCCUCGACGACAGAAUUGUGGUGGCGCUGCCAAGGCCUAUCCGACCUCAGGAACUCCGACUCUGCCUGGAUACCACCAGCUACCUGGACGCGGUCGCCGUCGCGGCCUCCGCGACCUCCACCACCACCACCGCCAGCGACGCGCACACCAAGACGACGGUCAUCAGCACCACCGUGGUGAAGAUCCGGGCGACCAACCUCACGUAUAUGCCCUCGUCCAGCGGCUCCACGCGUUCGCUGACGUGUGGAUGCAGCAGUGCCAGCUGUUGCACGGUGACCACCUACGAGAAGGACGGCAGCCGGCCGCAGCCCGCCCAUCACCCGAGCCAGCAGGUCAGCGCGUCCAGCCCCGACCUCAGCUCCAACGCCGGUGGCUAUGGAGGCCCCAGCGGCGCCCACCUGCCCAGCCCUACCUCCCCCAUCGUCGGGCACGGCGAGGCCCUGAGUGCCCCCAGCCUCACCUCGGGGGCACCCAGGUCCGCCUACCGGGUGAUCCACCCCAAUGAGCUGGCCGACAAGAUGACCCGCUGUCCCAUGGGCCACCCGGUGGGGCCCGUUCCGGUCAUCAUCGACUGCCGGCCCUUCAUGGAGUACAACAAGAGCCACAUCCAGGGUGCCGUGCACAUCAACUGCUCGGACAAGAUCAGCCGCCGGCGCCUGCAGCAGGGCAAGAUCACCGUGCUGGACCUCAUUUCCUGCCGGGAGGGCAAAGACUCCUUCAAGGGGAUUUUCUCCAAAGAGAUCGUGGUGUACGACGAAACCACGGCCGAGCCGGGUCGGGUCACCGCCUCCCAGCCCCUGCAUGUCGUCCUGGAAUCCCUGCGGAGGGAAGGGAAGGACCCCAUUGUCCUAAAAGGGGGCCUCAGCGCGUUCCGGCAGCAUCACGAGGGCCUGUGCGAACACUCGCUGCACCUGCACCAGGAGGGCAUGGACGGCGUGGGGGUGGGCGCCGUGGGCCUGUCGGGGGGGCUACCUCACUCGCUGCCUUCCACCCCCGACAUCGAGAACGCCGAGCUCACGCCCAUCCUGCCCUUCCUCUACCUGGGCAACGAGCACGACGCCCAGAGCCUCGACCAAAUGCAGCGCUACAACGUCGGCUACGUGCUCAACGUCACCACGCACCUGCCGCUCUACCAUUACGACCUCGGCCUCCUCUGCUACAAGCGUCUGCCGGCCACCGACAGCAACAAGCAGAACCUGCGCCAAUACUUCGAGGAGGCCUUCGAGUUCAUUGAGGAAGCUCACCAGGCUGGUCAGGGCGUCCUCAUCCACUGCCAGGCAGGUGUGUCGCGCUCUGCCACCAUCGUCAUCGCCUACCUGAUGAAGCACUCCUGGAUGACCAUGACGGACGCCUACAAGUUCGUCAAGGCCCGGCGGCCCAUCAUCUCGCCCAACCUCAACUUCAUGGGCCAGCUGCUGGAGUUCGAGGAGGACCUGAACAACGGCGUGACGCCGCGCAUCCUCACGCCCAAGCUGGUCGGCGUGGAGACCAUGGUGUAAGCCGGACGACGGCCGGAAAGUCGCGGCCAUGUUGGAUUUUUUUUCCCACUCUCUCUUCUUUGCUCUUGUUGCGGGCGAUUCACCGCGUCCUCUCUUUUUGCUCUCCUCCUUUUUGGAGAGAAAAGCCUCAAAGCCUCUCUCUCUCGUUUGGAAGUGCCAAACGCUUUGGGCACCAUCUCUCCGCCCUCUCGAGAGAAAGAUAAAGAGAGAGGGAGAAAAAGGAGAGACAGAGGGAGAGAGAGAGAGAGAGAGAGAGAGAGAGAGAGAGAUAGGGAAGUGAGAGAGGGAGCUUCAAAGGGCUCCACUUCUCAUUUUUUUUUUUUUUUUGUUUCUUUUUUUUUUUUUAUCUGGGCACGAGAGUGUUAAGAUGGCGGACAGCAGAAGAGUUGAGUCCACGCCCAAACGGCCCGCUGUUUAGACCUGGCCACUGCCCAGGAACACGGGGUGGGAGAGACAGGGCCGUUGGAUCAGAGGAAGACGUAUCUCUGUGUGACCACAGAUGGAGGCGAGCAAAAGAUUGAGGAGGGCAAAAGAGAAAGAUAACAAACGAACAAACUAACAAUGUUUGAUUUUCCAAAACAUACAUACACACACACACACACACAGAGAAAAAGAAGACAACCAAAAAGCAAACAGAUUAUUCAGUCAGUCAGUCGGCCCCCCCCACCACCACCGCCACCAGUUUCGCCCUCCCUCCUUACGCAGUGCGAGAGACUGCAGGGUGUGCGUAUCCAUUCUGUUUCUCUAAGCUGCUGGUGCGGGCUCGGGCCCAAGGGAGCAGGGGGGACAGCCGUGGUGUUUGCCUGUCAGAAAAGAUGAAGACUUGUUUGGUGUGUUCGUCCUCUCAUUCUAUUUUUAUACAAAAGUUUACUGGGGUGACCAUGACGAGCUCGCCGAGGCUCUCGGUGCAAUAAUUUCAGAGUGGAAUGCUAUCAGGCGCUAAUGUGUAUAUAUGGGUGAUGAUUUAACAUUUUCCAUCUCGCCAGCGAAUGACAAAAAAUAUAUAGAGAUAUAAAUAUAUACUUUGUCUUUUUUUUUUGUUAUUAUUGUAAUAUUCUAUAUGCCUUUUGGAAACAUACUAUAUAUACCUGCACCAGAGGGACUGGCACAGGUGUAUACAAAGGAAACAUAAUAAUUAACAUUUUUAGUAUUUGCUUAUUUUUGUUUCACUGCUGUCCCUGUACACUUUCAUUUUGCUGACUCUAUAAAAAAAAAAAAAAACAUGAAACCUCUUGAAUUUUGUCUGUGUAUUUCAGUAAUUGCUUGCAUCUUUCAUAUCCACCAUGUUCCAUCUCUAUCAGUCCCUAUCAAGUCAUCUCUUAAUUUGUCCCUCCAGGCCACCGUACCAAUCCAGAAAAUGGAAUGUUAUCUAACACAGGAUGACAGUUUCUAUUAAGUAGCUAACGUUUGUCAAUACUGAAGAGAUCACUGGCCUAUUCUUUAAAACAAAUGACUCUUUCCAGUGUGUUUGCUUGUUGAGGGAUUUUGGUUGAAUACAGUAUAAGUUUAAAGUUCGCCAUAUUGGUUAAAAAACACAUGUUCAAAACAUGUGUCAUGGUGCAUGUUAACCAAAAAGAAAACCUGUUAACAUUACACCCAUCGUAAGGAUGUAUUCAGCAUCAAUAUCUUCAUCAACAUCGUCAUCUAAUAGCUAAAAGUUCCUUUGUUCAUAGUUUCAUAAACAUUGCUUUUGCUCAUGUCUUACGUUUAUUGUGUGUGAGUGUACGUGUGUGUGUGUGUAUGCGUGUGUAAGUGUUUAUGUGCCUCAUUCUAAUGGUUGUCUGUGUGAAUAUGAUGACUGUGUCUAUGUGUUUCUCUGUCGGUUCAUAACUGAAAUGUUUUUUGCCCCUUCUUGACUUUCUUUGUGAUUUACAAUCACAAGCUAAUUUGAAACAAAUGUGAGGGCUCUGACAUAACUGCAAACUGAGCUGCUGGCUUUGACCCAGAGGAUGUUGUUUUUGAGGGCAAUAUUAUUGUAGUUGAUGAAAAUCAAGUACAGUAACCUCCCUUUUGCUAAUCUUCCCUAGUGUCGCCGCUAAGCUAAGCUAAGUCAAGGUCCUCAGCACACAGAGUUAGUGCCUCGACCAGUGCCUUAAAGUCAUGUAUAUCCACUCAGACUGAGCUGGGGAGGUCAGUGUCACAAAGACACGCCGAAAUUGUGCAAGUAUGCCUUCUUUUUAAAAUGUUUUUAUGAAAAUAUAACAGAGGCUAAAUUUGGCUAGCACAAAUCCAGUAGGCCUGCCAUGGAUCACAUCAGUCCCACAGCAAUUGUAUCUGUGAAAGUGACAACGAGGGUUGCAUUUCUCAAAAGUGUUAUUGUGCCACAACCGAUAUCAACUGAUGGACUACUGUUAGUGUUGUUAGUGGUUCACGUUAUCUCACUCUUACUGUGGUUGUUGCUCAAUGAUGCCUUUCAGGACACACAACCCUGAGCUAUUGUGUAACAUUUGGUUGUGGUGACAUUGCUUUACAAUAUAUUCCCUGCUUUGUAGCAUUUUCCCUUAUGAAUAUGAUGUAUACAUACAUUUAAAUUGUCACAUUCUACAUUUAUGCACAUACAAGAGCUAUGGAAUCGGUUACUUUUCCCUGAUUUAGAAUGGCAAUGUCAUAAAAAGGAAUAUUUUAUGACAACAUCUAGAUAUAAAGUCCUCUUAUCACAGACAACAACAACAAUUGUACCAAAAUAGUCUAAAUAACAAAACAAUACAAAUUAUAUUUGUCAAUUUUCAAAGCAGAGCUAGAUACAGUAUUUUACAUCUUUAUUCUAGGCAGAGCUGAAUCCUACGCGUGUGGUGCAAAUGUUUUGCCUGUUGUCUGUAUAUAACUUAUUAUUCAUAAAUUCAUGUUAAAAUAUACCUUACCAGAAAUGUUCAGAUUCAUUGUUGAGCAUUUCUUACUGAAAUACAUUUACGUCUCACUGCAUAUAGCCAAUGUUAAGAGGGCUUAUGGAAAAUAAUGACUGAAACAUUUUUGGACUACAACUGUUGAAUGCUGUCAAAAGCAUAGCAUUAACUCUACCAAUAAUGACCUACUGUUACGCACAAAACGUUAAAAUAUUUUGAACAAAACUCAGACUUGUUUCUUGUCUCACAUCUCACACAGUGAGUGCUGUUAUUGCCGUAAGUCAUGAUUGUUAUGACAUGUAACAUUACGUAAUGCUUCUGACAGCAGUAGCCAAGCUUCAGUGGAGGUCCAUAUUCAGGCAUGUGCAGAGCUAUUGAAUGUUCCCUUUCAAAGACACCACAGUCAGACUGCACUAAACAACUCCACCGAUCCAGUUUAUGCAGGUGCCCCUAUCCUUGCCAAAAGUUGAGCCUAUGCUGAGUGCAGAUUACAAUGUUAUACAGACCUGCAAAGCCUUGCAGUGUAGUGGUUUGAGCUUAUUGUGUGUUAUUUUAACACAAGGAUAUAAAAGAUUCCCAUCUGCAAAACUACAUCAGCACACUGACCAUUAUUUGUCCAUUUUAACAGGCUGUAAUUCCCUUCACAUCCAGACUCCUCCAUAUCCCACCUGUCCAUUCUGUGAGCACAAGAGAAAAUGUGUGUGUGCGAGCGUGCGUGCGUGCGUGCGUGCGUGCGUGCGUGCGUGCGUGCGUGCGUGUGUGUGUGUGUUUAUGUGUGUAUGUUAGUGUUAUUUUUAUGAUCACUGAGAUGCGCUGUUAUUUUUGAGAUCUUGAGAAUAUAUAAGUAUUUUUUUGUGUUCCAAAGUGUAUAAAAGAGUUCUCUGGGAUGCUUUUGUGUGCAUAUCUUGUUGGAGUAUGUGUUCUGUGUCUAAGACCUUGGUAAUACACUGUUAAAUUAGCCUUCUUCCUUUCCCUAUGUGUUAAAACUGCUUCAAAGAUGCAAGAGGUUUUAUUUUGCAGCUGUGAGUCUCUCACCUGACAUCUGCUUAUAAUCCUACUAUGAGAUGAUGGUCAUCAUCAUGCAACAAACAUGCUGUGUGUGUGUGCCUGUUUGUCAGCGGUUUGAUAUCUCCACUGUUAUUUCGUUUGGCACUUUCUUUCUAUGCAUACAUCCAUCACUAUUUUUGCACUGAGCCCAAAGUACACAUAGGUGCUAUAACGUUGGAGGCCUUCUGUCACCUUUUUGCAUGACCUGCUCAAUAUCUCCCCAGACAUUAUGUAUCCUACCCCGUACUUAAACUGUCGGAAGUUUAAGCAAUGUAAUUUUUGUUACCUUGUUAAACCUUCCUUGUGAGGUUUUAAAUAAACAACAACAUGGCUUAUGAA